AUGGCGUGGGAGUGGCAGAGCUGUAAGUCUUCUAGUGGUGGCGCCAAGAGGAAUCUGAAUCAUUACCUUCCGAAUCUUGCAGAGCCGGAGAUCAUGAGUAGUGAGAUCAUCCGUCAGUGCUGUCGGCAGAUCUCUCUGGACAGGAUCUUUCAGGGUUACGUGAUCUCCAGCAAGCAGAUUCUGAAUGACUGUAUCCAGUGCUGUCUGGCUUGGAAAGAGCUCUACUCGCACAACUCCCAGCUCCACCACAAAUACUCUUCCCAAGGGUGGUCGCUCGACGAGAUUAGCAUAUUUGCUCUGGUGGAUGCCUUUGUGCAAAGAUGCAAAGGCCUAAUAGAGGUGUGUGAGUGUCAGCAGCAGUUUGCUCGCUACGAAGAGGGUGAGCGGGUGCCAUUGCCAGUCUUUGCAGGGCGUCAGGGAUCAGAGGUCACUCAGAGAUUGCUGUACAUAGAGGCAACCUUUGACAACUGCCUGCAGGUCCUGAGGUCUGUUAAGGACAUCCUGGAUGUCGGAAACACCUCUUGGCACAAAGACUUCUCCAGCUUCUGUGCUAAAGUGAAAGAUCUGGAGGUGAUGAUCCAGAAUUUGAUCACUUCGACCUUCGAGACGGUGAACUGUGUGGAGGAAGGAGUACAGCUGCUCGACAUGUUUCAGCACCUGUCUGGAAGAGAGGCCAUCAAGCGGACCAUUGACAGGAAGACGGUGGAUCUAUACGCUCUGCUCAGUGCUGAGCUGAAUAAUGUCAAUAUGGUGAUGAACAGGAUGUCAUCUCUCACUCCUCCUCAUAUGCCUCAAAACGCAGGACAGGUCCACUUGAUCCGAGCUCUCCGCUCACGGAUAGAAAGACCUAUGGAGGUUCUCCGCCGUGCUCAUUUCCUGCCUCAAACCAGCAGUGGAGAGGAUGUGAAUGUGAAUUAUGCUAACCUGUGUCAGGUUCUGGAUGAGAAGGUGAGGAGGAAGUUCACAGACUGGAUUCAGAGUCUGAACAAAGAGUGUCUCCGCAGUCUUGACCAGCCGCUCAUGAUCCGCUGUAAAGCGCAUGCAGGCUUGUUGGACAUCAACUUUAACAAGACCCUACUGAAGUUGUUCAAUGAGAUUCAUUACUGGGAACGAAUGCUUUUUGAGAUCCCUCACUACGUCUCAGAGGUCUAUCAGCGCAAAGAGGAACUGCACAACCUGAGAGAGAAUGUCCUCCUCGUUGUUAGAGACUAUAACAGGUUGGUUUGGUUGACUUUCUCUCCCGCAUACUUGCAGACAAACUUGUGA